AUGGUGCAGGCUCCCAUGUUAUCUUGCCCGCUCAAGCAGACCGGUGAGGUCGAUUGGAUUACACCUCUGAAAAGUUAUAUCCGAGCAAGCUACGGCGAUGAUCCAGACAAAUACUCAGAAGAAUGCGCCACCCUCAAUCGCUUGCGCCAGGAUAUGCGUGGAGCGGGUUCCGACAGCGCUUCGGGAAGAGACCUACUAUACCGAUACUACGGACAGCUUGAGUUCCUGGACCUGAGAUUUCCAGUCGAUGAAAACCACAUCAAGAUCUCGUUUACUUGGUUCGAUGCAUUUACACACAAACCUACGUCGCAGUACUCGCUAGCAUUCGAAAAGGCUUCGGUCAUAUUUAACAUCUCGGCUGUAUUGUCAUGCCAUGCUGCUGCGCAGAACCGAGCCGAAGAUAAUGGGCUCAAGACCGCCUAUCAUUCAUUCCAAGCCUCGGCUGGCAUGUUCACAUACAUCAACGAGAACUUCCUGCAUGCGCCGUCUCAAGAUCUCAACAGGGACACCGUCAAAGCUUUGAUCAAUGUCAACCUCGCCCAGGCACAGGAGUCGUUCCUUGAAAAGCAGAUUCGCGACGGUAAGAAGUCGGCAUUGCUGGCCAAGUUGGCCUCCCAAGCACACUGGUUGUAUGCUCAGGCCAAGGAAGGUCUGGAAUGCGAGAACUCGAGGCAGAUAUUCGACCCAACCUGGCUUAAGUUUAUUCAAAUAAAGACGCUGCACUUCGAUUCGGUGGCACAAUACUUUCAGGCCGUGACUGAGGACGAAGGCAAUCUGCAGGGCUCUGCCAUUGCGAGACUUAACCUUGCGGAGAAGGCCAGUAAACAGGCUGUUCAGCAGGCAAAGGUUUUUCCUGCAACACCCGGCACUUCGUCUAAUCUUGGAUCAGAUACCGCUUCGAAUCUACAGCAGAUAACAAAGCGCCAGCUCGAAACUGUGCAAGAGAAGCUGACUUCGUCCAUCAAAGACAAUGGCUUUAUCUAUCAUCAAACUAUUCCAGCGGAAGGCUCUCUUCAGCCAGUCACCAAAAUGCCCGCCGCAAAGGCCAUCCCAGUAUCUGAUCUUUACCAAGGCCAGGACAUCCAGCGAAUUACCGGGCCUGAUAUAUUUCAAAAAAUUGUACCCAUGUCCGUUACUGAGCAAGCCAGCAUGUAUGACGAGGAGAAGGCGAAGCUCAUUCGAUCCGAGGCCGAGAAAGUUGAACAAGCCAACGGAGAGAUGGCCGCCAGUCUAGACUACCUCAAGCUCCCAAACAGCCUGAACGUGCUUAAGGGUGGGCUAGAUUCAGAAAUGAGUCUAGAUCCAGAGUUUGAGCGGUGGUGCCAGGAGAUGUCCAGUCACGGGUCCUUCUCAACCGCUUUCGAUCAGCUGCAGCGUGAGAAGGCCUCUGUUCUCGAGAGCCUUGCGAAGAGCUCCAAGCAACUCGACAUGGAAGAAAGCGUAUGUGAAAAAAUGAGGUCGAAGUAUGGCGGUGAGUGGACUCAACAGCCGAGCUCACGCCUUACGUCGACGUUGCGCAGUGACAUUAAAAGCUAUCGUGAUACGGUCGACGAAGCUGCCGGCAGUGAUAACCAGCUUCUGAACACCGCGAGGCAACAUGAAGCCGACUUCGAGGAGAUGCGAUCCGCGGGCGAGACAGGAGCAGCCGAUGUAUUAUACCAGCAAGCCCUCAUCAAGUCGGGCGUCAAAAGCGAUAGAUCGAUGCAGAGCUCAGAAAAUCUAUUGGAUGAGGAUUAUGGUGAAGGUGGCGUCUCCAUUGCCGAUCAAAUCGCCAAAGUCGAAGACGUCCUUCGAAAGCUGAACCUAGUGAAGCGAGAACGCAUGCAAGUUCUCAAAGACUUGAAGGAAAAGGUCCAUACUGAUGACAUUUCGAACAUACUCAUUCUCAACAAGAAGUUGAUAGCGAACCAAGAAAGUCAGCUAUUCCAGGCCGAGCUGGAGAAGUUCCGAUCUCAUCAAAACCGACUGAUCUCGACUGUUCAUAAACAGUCAUCGCUCCUCAAAGAGCUGACCAAGACCUACGGCGACCUCCUACAGGACAAGCGGGUGCGAUCAGACCAGCAAAGAUACGAGGGUAUUCAAAAAGCGAGGAGUAACGUCCUAUAUCGAUACCGCAGGGCUUUCACAGCACACGAAGACCUGACACAAGGCCUGAUGCGAGCUCAAGGAUUCUACAGUGAAAUGAAAGAGAGUGUGGACAGUCUGGAGAAGAACGUGGAGACUUUUGUCAGCAAUCGAAGAGCAGAAGGCGCACAGCUACUGAACCAGAUCGAGCAAACGAAAGCUGGCGCGGCGGGAGGUCAAGCUGCGGCAGAACAGAAGCGAAUGCAAGAGUUGAUGCAGCGGUUGUCCAUGGAUCCGAGCGCUUCGUCGCCAACGAGUCAGCGGCCACCCACCGUACCACCACAGCCGUCUAGUGCCAACGCUCAACCGUCGCCAGCACCUCAGCAGAACUUCCCUGCCGCAAACGCCGACCCGCGCUUCACGAUUCCGCCUCGGGAAGAGCCUGUCCCGGUCUUCACCAAUGGCUACCCAUCUUAUGCGCAGCCUCAACCACCACAAAAUCCUUCACCUGUCUCACCACAAUCCGGUCAUCCUUACUCGCAAGGCGCAGCGGCGCCGCUUUCCACGGGCUACAAUCCCAUGGCUUACCCCGAGCGCAACGUCGCCUCGCCCGUCAAUGCCAACCCACAACAACAGGCUCAAGGCUUCUCAUACUCUCCCGUGACCUCGCCUCCAGGAGGGCAACAGAGCCAAUCUUUCUUCCCGCCCCAAACUCAACACCAGCACCAACAAUCACACUCUCCGCAACCACCCCCCCAACAACAGCACCAGCAACAAUACCACCAGCUCAACUUCACCUCCCCUUCCUCCCAGUACCCACCACAGCAGCAACAAUACCCGAGCUUCCCGCACCAGCAACCCUCCUAUCAAUCACCCCCUCCCCAGCAGUCCUACCAACAACACUACCAGCCCCAACACCAACCCCACGCCUCCUCCUAUUCGCAAUCCCAACAAUCCCAGCCCUCGCCCGGCUUCCAAACCCCCUACAGCAUGCCCCAGAACUACGUUCCGCCCCCACCGCCCCCAGGCCCGCCCGGAGGGGGUUCGUCCACGCAGUACCCGUCACACCACCAGGGGCAGUGGGCCAGCGGGCCCGGCGGCUACGCGAAUUAUCAAGCUCGAGCACCGGGCGUGGGCCAGGGCCAGGGCCAGCAGCAGCAAUCUCAGCAAGGGCCGGGAGGCGCGCAGCAGGGUGGUGGGGGCCCGGGUGGUGGAGAUCCGUGGGCUGGCUUGAGUGCUUGGAAGUAG